AUGUCAUCAACUACUACUCCUUCAAAGAAAGCCAUCCGUAAAGCCAAAGUGUCUUCCACCGCCAAACGUGCCGCUGAAGUGACAACCGCCUCCGAUGAUGCUAUUACUGUUCAAGUAAAAUCAAAAAAGACUCUUCGUCCCACUGAAGUCGAUGAUGAAAUUUAUUCAACUGAAAGCACUGAUGUAUCCGACGUCGAAGUCAGAGAGAAAGUGCCAAAGAAAUCAAAGACCAAUUCCAUUGAAGCUAAAACCAUUGACGCUUUAAAAAAUGCUGCCACUGCUGUCAUCUUCAUGAAUCUCUUUACCAUCCACUGCUCCCAGAAUGGUGUUGAACCAACCUUGAAGACCAUUAUGGACAAUGGUGCUGCAUCAAAUGAAUUAUUUCAAUUGCUUCAACCUACCCACAAUGAAUCAGUUAAGAACAUUGAAGAAGGUGGAGCAUUGAAGAAGCUAAUACACCGUAACUUUAUAUCCAAGACUUUGGUUCCAUUCAAAACUGACUACGAAGCUGCCAACACUAAAGUAGUAGAAGCUAUUAACCAUCGUAACUGCUACUCAGCCCAAGAUGUUAUAAAAAACAUCGAAGCCAUUAUGAGUUACCACAAUUGUCGUGAAGCCUUCACCGAGUUGGUUCUUAACAAUGCUGAUAAGUUCUCGAGAAGAAGACCUUCCGAUUCCGCAUCGAAUACUGAUGAGAAGUUUCCAUUAAAAAAGAAUCAUGCUACUCCAAAUCAUAACUCUAAUAACAGGAAUUCCUUUGAUGCACAAGCUGAUAAGAUUAGAGCUGCAAUAUUACCCGAAAUAAGAAAAGACUCUAAGGUAGACCUCAAAAAGAUAAGAAGCAGCACAGCGGCGAAAAUCAACACUUUAAAGCACCUUUAA